CAAGUCCCGCCCACCCCUCUUGCCCUAUCUCAGGCAUUAACAUGCACAAAAAACAACACAAGUCACGGAAAUCCAAAUGAUGCCAAAAAAAAAAAGAAGGCAACCCGCAAAGAGUUUCGCAGACUGAUGCGGGAUUCGAACCUCUCGCCGGCGCGUAGAUAACUCCACAAAAACAACAACAACAACAAGGAGAAGAAUUUGCUAGCAAACAUGUGAGUUUGCGUGGGAAAAAUGAGUUUAAAUUCGGCGGCGUGCGUGUGAGCGGCAACAAAAGAGCGACAUGAACAAUGGCAGAGAGACACAAGAGGAGAGCCUGCCGCCAAGUCUCCAAGUCGGGCUGCCGGGGCGCCGAUAGAAGCCAGCCGGACAAACGUGACGAGCGGGAGGCUGGAGCUGCCGGCACCGGCCGCCUUCCCCCGCAGGAGCAGCAGCGUCAUGUCAGCGCGCCAAGGAAAGUUUCCAAAAUCUCUGCCGCCGCCGCCGCCGCGACCGCAGAGCCAAAGAAAGCCUCCUCCGCCCCUCUCUCCUCCAUUGCUCCCUCCAUCCGCCAGCUCACCGAGCGAUUCAGCAGCGCAGCCCGGCCGGGGGACGGUGCAGCGGCGCCGCGUGGCUCGAAGAACACCCCCCUGGACGGGACUUUUCUGAACAAAGUGCCAAAGUUCCCCUCGGACUCGGACUCGGAGAAAAAAAGCGAAAGGCGGACUUUGGCAGCGGACAAAGCUGGUAAGAGAGAACCUUUCCCCACUUCCAGUAGUUUUAGGAGUAACCAUGAAGAGGACGUCGCUUGCAAGGCUAACAAAUCGGAAUUUAUCCCCUUGAACUCGGACAAAUGGCCGAGCGUGACCAAAAUAAGACGGCUGUUUGAUGAGAGACAAAGCCAGGCUGUAAAACCCAAUGAGUCCGCAACUUUAUCUUGGCCCCAGGCGAGCUUAGUCGAAGGGCACGGCAAGCCGACGAUGGACUUUCAUUCCAAAAUCUACCAGCGGCCGCACUCGCUCGACGAGGAGGCGGCGUUUGGCGAGCAUAAAGUCAGAAGCAAGUUUCACGACAGCCACAGUAGCCUUGGUAGCUGCUCUCAGGGUAGCCAGAAAAGUAACUCGUCUCCAUUCAGCUCCGAGGCAGAGGCUACUGCUACUAAGACCCCCACGCUGAUAGAGUUGACACCUGACCCCCUCGCUGACCUUCAGACCUCUGCUACUACUUCCCGGAGCGGUUCCUCCAGCCGGGACGCUGCCUCGUCCGCGUCCUUUCUUCAGGAGCCGAUAUUGAGGGAGAGAAGGGUUAGACAGGGGGUCGGGCUGCCCAGGGAUAGUUUACAUUCCUCACAUAGCUCCUCUACAGCGCAGGCCUCCCCCUCCUGCUCCCCCUUGAGUGCUCCAGCUCCAGAUAAAGCCAUUACCUUCUCCUCUACUGUAGCUCCCUCUUCAGCCCCUGGUAGAGUUGACCCUCCGCGCAGCUCCUCCUGGAGGUUCAGCUCUGGAGACGAAGAGGAAGGACGCAGACAAAGAAAAAAAGGAGGUUGGGGUGGCCCCUCUCAUUCUUUAGCCGGUUUUUUAUCACACAGUAAAAAUGGCCGGUGGAGUACAAAGAGCAUCGGUCGGUCGUCCGGUAGCGAGGAAGAGAGCCCGGGUUCUUUAGGCCCGUCCGGUCGUGAGGCGGUACGCCGCCGCUCUCUAAGGAAGAAGAAGAAGUUCUGUGGCCGUGAUGACGAUCAUGAUGGCGAAUCGGAAGACAGCGACAGCGACAGUCCCAUGACAAUGGAGCGCUUGGAUCGGACCCCAAGAGGAGAACUGGCGCUGAGGUUAUCCCGGAGCCACUCUGCAAGAGAAGCCGCCAUUCAUAGUAACAGAGCCCGGGUGCAGCAACAAUGGGAGCGCAUCACUUCACCUGCGCCAACCACAUCGCUUCCCGGCGUGUCGCGGGUGUCAAAGGUCAACAUCCCCUCUUUUCUUUCCAGUCCGGGUGCUUCCCGAUGCAGUAGUCGAUAUUCCAGCACUGAGACGCUGAAGGAAGAGGACCAGGCUAGCUGCGCCAACAGGUUGUGUCACACAGCUAAAAAGGCAUCCUCAUCUGUGUCAAGUAAAACUUAUUAUGGAAACUUUACGAUGUACCGUUCCCCUAGCUUUGGACACGGAGAUAAUCUCCCCCGUGCACAAGUGCGUAUGCGCCCCAAGAUCGCGCCCGCUUUUGCUUCUUCUUAUGUGUCGGCUGCAAGGGUCGGUGGGACCGUGACGUCACAGCAGACAACAGGAAGUGACAGAGCAGAAGAGACGAAUGGAAUAUCCAAGUCCAACCCUGAUAUCGCGACAGAAACAAUGACUCUUUUAAACUUCCUCAAAUCGGACUUGUCAGAGCUCAAAGUGCGAAAAACAAGCGAGGGAGAGAAAUGUGGAAUAAGCUCGCAGAGUCACAUCGGACCGUCUAGUCGCCGCCUGUCCCUGAAAGACCUGACAGCCACCCUGCGCCGCGCCAAGUCCUUCACUUACUCGGACAAAUGUUCAACAGCCGCACGCUGUUACCUGGCAGGUGAAACCACAAAGAGAAGUUCCUCCGAGCAACAGCUCGACUUGGACAGCGAGAAGAAUGCAGGCAGGGUGCCUGUGUCAGAGAGGGAAGUAGAAAGUGACGGAGGCGAUUUUAGGGUCGGACGAGGUCAACGGUUGUUGGAUUAUGGGUACCAUGACGAUGAUGAGGAAGUGAUGCCUGCGCCAUUGCAAGAAAGGUACGUGCUGGAAGCCAGGCAAGUUAUUCAGGAUAUCUGCCAGAUGAACACCAGAAAUGAUGAUGAUGAUGAUGAUGUGAAAACUGUAAAGGACUUCAAGAAAACAAAUGAGGAGAAGAGGAAAGGAACAAGUAUGGAAGGUGAAACAGAAACGGACCAGGGGGCUCAGUUGAAGACCACAAAGGAAAGGAAUAAACAUGAGCAGGAGAGAGAGAAUGAGAAGAGCGGGAGGGAUGAACAAAGUAUGCAGCUGGAGAAGCUAAACAGUAGAGACUGCCAGGAGAAGGUGAAGAGACAGAACAGAGAGACCGCCAGGGCAUUAAGGAAGGAGGACUCGGAGGAAAGCGUCUUCUACGACCGAUCUGUGGAUGAACUGUCCGGCCACGAGUCGAGUUUAACAGAUGAAGGGAUUGUAACAGAGCCAGAGAUCGGCCCCAGUGACCCCUUCGAAAGGGUUUUCGUGGGGUCAAGAGAGGUUAAUUUGGGGUCACACAUCGCUAGGGAUGUACUAGGGCAGCCCGUCACCAUAUGGAAACAAUCCGCACUCCACAAGGAGGAAGGGCUUAAGAAAGAAAGAGAGGAAAUGAUGGAGAACAACACGGGUUGUUCAAAUCAUCUGAAUGAAGUCUGCAUACCUUCAUCCUUGCCUCACUCCUGUUUGGAAGAGAGUGACGACGCCAUCAUCACAGACUUGGAUACCACUGCUGCUACUAAAAGCAGCAGUGAGGCAAGCAACGCUGGCACGGCAGGACCAGCAACCCCCAUCCGACGGAGGCGCAAGUUCUCCCCUCCUGGCAACAUUCACACAGCCUCAGAGGUUAGUAACACAAACCUAACCGCAGCUGAUGUGGAGUCCACUGUGUAUCGCUCCCUGAGUGACCCCAUGCCUCAUAGAAGCGCCUCUGUGGCAGAGAAGGACAUAUUUUCCUCCGUUGACAGCAACCUUCUAGGAUCUUUAGCCGUCAGAGGAGGGCCCCCAGAGUCCUCAGCUAUGCCCACCUUGGCAGAAGACAAAGGAAGUGUGGCCAGCGACUUGUCAGGAUACAGUGACGGGGGACUCCGGGAUGAUGUUGUCGCCGACUACAGUGGCGUCAUCAGGAGCAUUGUCGCCGAGCCAGGAGCCAUGGACAGACUGAUAACAGACGAUCACGCCAAUUGUAAAGCUCCCAAGAAGAAAUCGUUUAGUGACCCCAGUCGCCGCAGCGAUGCAUCUUUACUUUCCCGCAAUGACUGUCAGUCCAAAGGUCAGUCCAGCAGCACUGAGCCAAUCAAUGAGCUGGGUCAGACAGGCCUGAUCCCGCCUUCCAGCAGCGAACCUAUUUUGAGCCAGCAAGUAGAAAGAGUUGAAGUGGAAAGGCAGCCUAAAGAGGAAACGGUGAAACAGUCACAUGAUUGUCACCACGGAAACAGCAAUAUUGGAAAAAAGGCUCGUUCCCAACCUGACAAUCCUGACUGCGAAGAUGAAGUCAUGGAUCAAAACAGACAAAAGAAAGCAGAGGAAACAAGAAGGUUUAACUUUGACCUCAAGCUGGCGGAGGCGUUAUCCCCACGAAUGGUUCGGCGCUCCCCUAGAAAACGUCCAAACAGGUUGGCUCAGUUUUUUUCCCACGAAGACCCCUUUGAGCCUGCGGAACUAGAGGAUCCAGAUGCAUCUGGACUCACCCCUCCUCCUCCCGCAUCCAAGCCCAAGAACAGACCAAAGCACGUACGGCAUGCCAGUGAGCCGGCCACCUUCAUACCCAUCUCGCCGCCACCACGACCACAGCCUCUCUCAGGCCAAGCCACCGAAGGUUCUCCAGCCUUGAGGAAGGCCCCUGGAGAAGAGACCCCAUUUCUGGAGGAUGUGACCCAGAAAUACUUUCUAGAGACGUCUGAAAGAGUAACAGAGGGUCCAGGGCCUCUCCCUCCGCCUAGGGAUGGGGCUGAAGAGUCUGUGUCUUCACCCAGCGAGACCUGCGCCAGUCCAAAUACAGGAGUACCACACCCUGGCUCGGACCAUGCACCAUCUGCACCAGCGCCCCAGAGGACCAAGCCGAGAGUGGACAUGAGGAAACAUGUCAUGAUGACCCUGCUGGACACGGAGAGAUCCUACGUGGACUCGCUGCGCACUCUCACUCAGGGCUACAUGCGUCCUCUCAAGCAACCGGACGGCGGCUCCAUUGUGGACCCGCUGCUGGUGGACGAGAUGUUCUACCAGAUCCCCGAGAUCCUGGAGCACCACGAGGACUUCCUGGAGCAGGUGGGCGGCUGCGUCAACCAAUGGCACGACCGGCAGACAGUCGGACACAUCCUCAUCCAAUCUUUCUCCAAAGAGACACUUGCCAAUAUGUACUCCGCCUACAUCGACAACUUUCUAAAUGCCAAAGAUGCUGUUCGGGUGGCGAAGGAGGCCAAGCCGGCCUUUCACAAGUUUCUGGAGCAAAACAUGCGAGAGAACAAAGAGAAGCAGGCUCUUGGUGACCUGAUGAUCAAACCCGUGCAGAGGAUCCCUCGAUAUGAGCUCCUGGUCAAGGAUCUGCUUAAGCACACCCCAGAGGACCACCCGGACCACCCCUCCCUACUGGACGCCCAGCGAGACAUCAAGCGUCUGGCGGAGAAGAUCAACAAAGGACGGCGCUCGGCCGAGGAGGCGGAGAAGGAGGCCAGGGUCAUCCAGGAGAUCGAGGCCCACAUCGAGGGAGUGGAACACAUUUUGAAUCCCCAAAGGAAGUUCCUGAGACAGGAGAUGGUCAUGGAGGCGAAGACGGUCGGCGGCAAGAAGGAUCGCUCCCUCUUCCUCUUCAGCGACCUGAUCAUAUGCACCACUCUCAAGAGGAAGUCUGGAUCACUGAGACGCAGCUCCAUGAGCCUAUACUCUGCUGCCAGUGUCAUUGAUACUUCAAGCAAGUACAAGUUCUUGUGGAAGCUUCCCCUGGAGGACGUGGAAGUGGUGAAGAGUUCCACGCAGACAACAAACAAAGAGAACGUCCAGAAAACAAUUAGUCGACUAGAUGAGGACGUAAGCACCUUGGGGCAAAUCAGCAAACUGUCUGAGACCCUCAGUUGUCCGCACCAGCCCUUAGAUGAGGUGCUGAAGGACCUGAUGGCCUCGGUGCACAAGGAGCUGUCAGAGAAGCAGUCCUUGGCCUUCAACAUGACCUUCCUGCCCACCAAGCUGGAGUUCACAGCCGUCUCGGCCGAGAGCAGUUUCGUCUUCGAGUUCUCGUCGCCGGACGCCCGCUCCAACUUCGAGCAGGCCUUCGAGGAAGCAAAGAAGAAACUGGCCAUGAACAAGGACCAAUGGGACCCCGAGUUCCUGAAGGCCAUACCCAUCAUGAAGACGCGCAGUGGAAUGCAGUUUUCCUGUGCCUCCCCGAGCCACACCUGCCCCGAAAGCGGCUGUGAGGUGUGGGUGUGCAACAGCGACGGCUACGUCGGACAGGUGUGUCUCCUGAAUAUCAAAGAUGAGCCCACAGUGGAGGCUUGCAUCGCCGUGUGCUCGGCAAGGAUCAUCUGUAUCGCUGCUGUGCCCGGACUGAAGGGGAGGGAGCGUGGACACGGGGCGGCCGCCGCUCCCACCACGCCCGACCACAACCAGCAGCAGCUGCACAUUUCCAUCUCUCGCUCCUCCCUGGAGAUGACCGAUCAACCCGCCGGUCCGGGGGCGGAGCUUGUCCCGUUCGACAGCGACGACACGGACGACGAGGACUCGCCGAGCCCUUCAUCCACCCUGCAGAGUCAAGCCAGUCACUCCACCAUCUCCUCCAGCUACGGCAACGAAGAGGCUCCGUGCUCCAAGGACUUGGUCGCCGAGACCACCAGCAGCGAGGAGGAGCAGGAGUUGUCGGUGGCCAGCUCAUACUCCGCCCCGGGGACGUUGACGGUCGAAGGAGGAGGAGGCAGAGCCCACGCGGAAAGCCCGAUGGACGGCCGCGCCAUGCGCCGCUCCUCCAGGGGCUCCUUCACCCGAGCCAGCCUGGAAGACCUGCUCAGCAUCGACCCCGAGGCCUACCAGAGCUCCGUGUGGCUCGGCACCGAAGACGGAUGUAUCCACGUGUACCAGUCCUCAGACAAUAUUCGCAACCGCAAGAACAGCAUGAAGAUGCAGCACGCCGCCUCCAUCUUGUGUAUACUGUACUUGGACAACAAAGUCUUUGUGUCGCUCGCCAACGGUGAAGUGAUCGUCUACCAGAGAGAAGCAGGCAGCUUCUGGGACCCCCAGUCGUCCCAGACCUUAAUUUUGGGCACGCCCAGCAGCCCCGUCACCAAGAUGGUUCCCGUGGGAGGGAAGCUGUGGUGUGGCUCCCUCAACCGAGUCCUCAUCAUCAACGCUACCAAGCUGGUGCAGGAGCACUGCUUGCAGGUGGGGGCGGACAGCAGCCGCUGCGUGACGUGCAUGGUGGCGUACGGGCAGGGGGUGUGGUUGGCCCUGCAGGGCAGCGCCCAUGUCAGGCUGUACCACGCCCAGACGCGGGAGAGCCUGAUGGAGGUGGACGUGGCGCCUGCCGUCCACAAGAUGCUGGCGGGUGCAGACGCCAUCAUCAGGCAGCACAAGGCGGCCUGCCUGAGAAUCACAGCGCUGCUGGCCUGCAAAGACCUCCUGUGGAUCGGAACCAGUGCAGGUGUGGUCCUCACCCUGGCCAUACCAGCAGUCACGUCUGGGACGGCAGCUUGUGCGCUGAAAAGCCCCCCCCUUCCCAUGGGCUCCGCACACGGACACACGGGCCACGUUCGAUUCCUGACCUCUAUCGAGCUGCCGGAAGGUUCCGGAAUGACGUUCCCACCUCCGGUGUCGGACUCCACAGGCAAAGCGUCUCACGGCGUCGACUCUAACCUCCAGCGGCGCGACUCGGCUCGCCGCCGCGCCUCCGCCCACCCGCCCCCCAAAAGCGACCACCUGGUGAUAUCGGGCGGCGACGGCUACGAGGACUUCCGGCUCAACAACAGCGGCGAGAGCGUGGGCCGCGACGACAGCACCAACCACCUGCUGCUGUGGAGGGCGUGACCUCCUCUUCACCCCCGCACUCUCAAGUCCUCCUUUACUCAAGGAGCAAGGGACCUGCUGAAGGCGGACCUGAGGUCAGUGGGAACUGAAGGCAGACCUGAGGUCAUUGGGAACUGAAGGCAGACCUGAGGUCAGUGGGAACUGAAGGUGGACCUGAGGUCAGUGGGAACUGAAGGCAGACCUGAGGUCAGUGGGAACUGAAGGCAGACCUGAGGUCAGUGGUGAUCAUGUAGAGGCUUGAAGGCAGACCUGAGGUCAGUGGUCAUCAUGUAGAGGCUUGAAGGCCGCACAAGAACCGAGUCCAGCGCCGCUCAGAGUCAUGUACAGUAUUUAUGCCUUGUCAGCACUUAAUUUAUAGGACCUGUGUCGUGGACCUGAGGAGGUCGCUCCUUGCAGACCCAGAACAGAACCCGACCAAAACCCGAGCCGUUUCUCCUUCCAGACGCCCAAAACGGGAACACGUUUCACGGAGAGCCCAAUAAAGAACCAGGACUGUGUUCCCGAAAGUCGCUGGUCCCGAGUCCCACGUGGUCCCACAUUUCCUGAACGGGUUCGGCAAAAUCCGCUCAUAACUUUCCCACUCGUCGAAAGCGGAGCGAAAGAAAUGGAGUGAACCCUCUUGUCGGUCAUCCACCGUCCUUGUCUCUGCGGGUGGAGGCGGGGCCGCUAGCGCACACACACACACACACACACACACACACACACACACACACACACACACACACACACACACACACACACACACACACACACACACACACACACACACACGCACACACACACACACACACACACACACACACACACACACACACACGUCAAAUAUUUCAUUUCAAACACACACUUUUGCCAUCUGCGAGCUAAAGAAUGAAUAUUUGUGCCCGACGUGUUAAAGAGCUCUCGUUUUCUCAGUGGGAAAAUAAAAACGUAGAUUUUACCGUGAAAAAAAAACUGUCAGCUUGAUCGGCAAAAUUUUACCGAAAAAAUAACAGUAGUGCCGGUUUUCAUUUACAGUAACGAACUGUAAAAAAAAAAAAAACUGGCCACAAUUUAUCGUAAAAAUAUUUUUUUUCCCACUUACAGCCAAACACUGUAAAAACAACAACCGCAAAUUUUACGGUAAAAAAAAAAAAAAAAAAUUGUGUUAGCGCAGUCUCCGGAAAUGUACCGUUUUUUUACGCGAAGUUACUGUCAAUUGAAACACGGCUGUUAUUUUUUUUUACGGUAAAAUGUUCGCAACUGAGCUGCCUGUGUUUGA